CAUCAAAGUAUCUAGAUAAUCAUUACACGAUGGAAACUGCAAAUCUCUUUCAAACACUAACAAAUUUUGCUCCUCUCUCUAGAGAAGUUAAACAACAUUUAACUGAUGUAUAUACAAUCUUGGCUGGUUUAGUUGCUGUUGCAGCAUUCGGAUGUUGGUUCCAAAUUAAUUAUGAUAUCAGUGCAUCAUUUGCUGGAAUUAUGAUUCCAGUGUUUGCUUUAUUGUUAACCUUCUCACAACCACAAUUUGGUGUAUCUGUGUUUAAACAAUAUUAUAGAUUGGGACUUUUGGUAACUCUUGGUCUUAUGCAAGGAAUUGCUACUGGACCUGUAGUCAAUUAUGCUUUGGAUUUGAACGAAACAGUUGUUUUACAAGCUUUCGUAUUAACAUGUGUUAUCUUUGGAUGUUUUACAGUUGCUGCCAUGAUGAAUGAGCGUAGAGAUUAUUUAUAUCUUUCUGGAUUCAUUUCUUCAUUGAGUUUAAUCUUGCUCUUCAAUUCAUUGUUCAGAUUUUCUUUCAAUUUGACUUUAUAUGGAGGUUUAAUUUUAUUUGUAUUGUACAUUCUCUAUGAUACUCAAAUGAUUAUUAGAAAGGUUGAACUUGUUGGAGCCAAAAAUUCAGAUGCCAUUUCUCACUCACUCGAAUUAUUUAUUGACUUUGCUCAAUUAUUUAUCAGAAUUUUGGUUUUAUUAUCAGACAAGGAAGAAAAUAAGAAAAAGAAGAAGAAUUAA